GCUGAAACGGUAUUCUUUAUUAAGUUUAGCGCGGCCACACUAUCCUACAGGUCGGCCAUAUUCUUCAAACACUAUUUCGAAAACUAAAAAAGUAAAAGUACUUAGUAAUGUAAAUUUAUAAGUUGGUAUUUAAUUAAAACGCAAAGGAGAAUCGGAGUAAUUCCUUUAAAUUGAACUGUGCCAAUUCGUUAAUAUUUGUUGUUCGCAUUAACGUAACGGUAAAUGCUCUUAGAAUCAAAGUUGUGUUGUAAUCUGUCGGAUUAUACUUUCAUUUAAUAUGGGGGAACGUGACAACCCAACCGUACCUGUAACAACAUUAGCUGGUUUAACCAGCACUUCUGAUUUGCUAAGCGAGCUACCAGUGGCGGAUUCGCUCCAGAGUGCAGCGUCCUUAAAUAAAUCUUUAUUGUUCCAUGCUUUGGUAGCUAACGAGUCUAGCAAUUUACUUUCUAUGCGAAAUGAAAAUCUAGUUCGACAAUUGGUAACUGCCAUUGAGAGAACAAACUCCGAUAAUAUAGAGUUAAUACAGUGCCCAGUUCAAGACACAGCAACUAACUGUAGUACUUAUCCUGAGCUUCUACAGGGAAUAUAUCAUUUUCGCCCAGCGGUUUUUAACACAUCCAUAAAAAUACACUCUCCGGACCAACAUACUGCUAAUGCUCGAUUAGAGGCAAAGAAAAUGCAAAUUGAUUCCUAUUCAAUACCGGAAUGUUAUGCAUCACAAACAAAUGUGUCCAUUUCAAAUGAACAUCAAUUGCAAGACGCUCAAGUCUGUUUCAAUCAUCUUACUAGUAUGACCUCAAAAGAAAUCUUAGAAGAAUUUUCACAAAUAAAUUUUAAAGAAAAUUCAACAGAAAAAGAUAAAAUUGAUGACUUUAUCGAAAAUUCAGAUUUAAAUGUGACUAAGAUACUUACACAAAAUACUCUAAAAAAAAAGUCUAAUACACCGGAAAGAAGUACGGUGCAAUCAAUACAAGAACAGUUUUUUAUUCAGCAACAAGAAGCCAAUUAUAAUUUAAAACAUGAUUUUAAACAAGUAUCAACAAAUGUUGGUCAAAUUGAAAAUAUUUCUCAUACUUUUCCCCAUGAGCUAUCAAAUUUUAAUUUAAAUUCUGUAAAUAUCCCCAACGUGUUAUAUGUACAAAGUCCACCUUCCACUGAAUCAGAACCAACUCAAGCACACAACUCAUCAAUUGAAUAUUUAAAAAAAAAAAAAACGGAAAUUCUUGACGUCAGCAUUUUAAAUCGACAACAGUUGUUAGAAAAUACCAGCUUACAUAUUAUCAAUAAAAGUUCAACGUACCAAACGAACCAAAAUGUAUCAACAACUACAUCGACAUCUACUUCCUCAAGUGGCAAGUCCCAGGUCCGGGUAUGUAUAAAUCGCCUUAGUAUUGAGGAUUCUCGCCUUAUGCAACAGAGUAUUAAAAAGUUUGUACAAAAGUCACCAGAAUUGGCUAGAAGCAUGGGGUUACUACAAGAAACGUGCCAGCAGCAACAUGAAAACUUGAAUAUUAUACACACGAGUGCGGAAGAAUGUGUAGUAGUGAGUCGUGCGUCCAGUACAAAUAAUACAGUCAAAAUCCCUAUUGAUACAUUUUCUACUAUAAAAGCCGAUGAAAAACGAUCCGCGAAAAGAAAACUUGCCAUAUCAGUUGGUGACAUCCCACCGGAACAAAUAUUUUCAAAGCCUAAAAUGCGUCGGGUCGAAAGAAUUACACCUCUUUCUAACACAAAGUGUGUGAAGGAAGAAGUCACCCGUUCGCAAACAUAUCAACAAUUUAUUCGAAACAUGGAUCAUAUAAUUGAAAUUUUAGACGAUAGUGAAUCUCCUAACUUUGAUUCAGAGGAUGUAGACGAGACCAUUGAAUGCAUUUCCUCAAAACUUUUAAAUUCAAUGAGUACUGAUGUUGCCAAGUUAAAAGCUAAGCAGGCUUUAGAUUCCAUACCAAAAAAUAAGUUAACCCUACUUAUUAAUUAUGCAAUGCGCAACGUGUACUUAGCCCGGAAUUAUUUUGCUGGAACGGAGGACGAAGAUGAAUUUGUAGAUGAUGAAGUUAUUGAAAAAUUACUUAACGCAAUGGAUGCUUGCUUGCUUAUAUGUAACAUUUAUUCUACAGUAAGCGACCUCCAGUUUUUACAAGAAGAUAACGUAUCACACAUUAUAAAAUUUACGCAAUUUCAACUGCGAGAAACCAUAUUUCCUCUUCAUGACCCGGUUUACACGGCAAAAAGUAUAAAGAGGACAAAUCAUCGUAAAAAAAUAAAAUCACACCAAGCUCAAAAUCGAAGUAUGCAGCUAUUCUACUUGAAAACUGUAGAGCUAUUAAAAGUUUUUGUUACACUUUUUGACAAAUGUGUAUUUGUUGAUACUAUAGUUUUACCAUUGUCGACACUGGCUAUUGAACCAUUUUUUGUUGACAACAUAGAGACGUUGCAAUUUGUAUGUUUGGAACUCGUUACCACACUAACCGUAGACCGAUGCUUGGAACAGUCUUUAUUUAUUUUUCGCAAGGAAAGAUACGAUAAAAUAAGAAACAGUAUCUUAGGCGACAUUUUGACAUCUAUUGAUCGGUUACCUUCGUCAAAAAAAAAUCUUCGCCCAUAUAAACUUACAAACAAUGGCGGAAAUAUUCAAAUGGUUACAGCACUUGUAUUGCAAUUAAUUCAAUGCGCCACGAUUUUACCGGAUUCCCUUUGUGAUAAUGGCAAAUUUAGUAACAAACCACAAGAGGGAAAUUCUUUUGAUGAAGAAGGAAAAAAAUUGCUUCAGCCUAGUCAGGAUCUACUCGUUUUACAAAAAUAUGAUGUAGCUGUCAGCAUUGGUGGAAAUUUCUUAACAACUUUCCUUAACAAAUGCAAAUCUCGGUCUAAUGAAACUGAUUUUCGGCCUCUGUUUGAAAAUUUUAUUCAUGAUUUACUGGCCACCGUGAAUAAGCCUGAAUGGCCUGCAUCUGAAUUAUUGCUUUCGCUGUUGGGAACUAUGCUGGUUCGCUACGUUUCUGAUAAGGGUAUAGAACAAAGCAUUCGUUUGGUAUCAUUGGAUUACCUGGGCAUAGUAGCUGCUCGAUUGCGAAAAGACACAGUGGAAUCUCGGUGUAGAGUUAACAUUAUUGAUUCAAUGAUUCAAUCCAUCAAAUUAGAGCAAGAAAAGGAGGGAGAUGUAACAUCAAACAAUGAUCAAUUUGAACUAGAGCCCGAGGAGCAGCGAACAGAUUUUUUGCAAAAGAUUCUUCUCGACUUUCUAGCUGUAAAUGCUCAAGAAGAAAACUUAAUCUGGGACUAUGCUAGACAUUUUUAUUUGGCACAAUGGUAUCGGGAUGUCAUAUAUCAAAGACGUAGGAUAAAUGAUGGCAAAAAAGGUUUGGCUUUCAGGAAGUCUAAAAUUUGUAAUAAUCGGAAGACGAAUGGUGAUUAUUUAGAUACGUCGGAUUCUGGAUCGUGCGAUGAAAGUGAUACCGAUACAAACAAAAAGAGAAUUCACUGUAUGGAAAGCAAUAAUUUAGAACUAAAUAUUAACAUCUAUAAGGCUUUAGAAGCCAGAAAGCAAUAUUUUAUCAACAAAAUUAAGCCAUUUUCAGUUUUUGGCGAGCAAAACCACUCGUCAAAUCAGCACAUCAAAACAUACAUAGAUUAUAAUAACGCUCAGUUAAUAGCGCAAUAUCUGGCCACCAAAAGGCCCUUUAGUCAAUCUUUUGAUGGAUGCUUAAAGAAAAUUAUUUUAGUUGUGAAUGAACCGUCGAUAGCAGUAAGGACACGUGCAAUGAAAUGUCUUGCCAACAUUGUGGAAGUUGAUCCAUUGGUCCUAAAACGAAAAGACAUGCAAAUGGGAGUUAAUCAGAAAUUCCUAGACACAGCUAUUUCGGUACGAGAGGCUGCUGUAGAUUUGGUUGGAAAAUUUGUUCUUAGUAAUCAAGAUCUAAUCGAUCAGUAUUACGAUAUGCUGUCUACUCGUAUUUUGGAUACUGGUGUCUCCGUACGGAAAAGGGUCAUUAAAAUUUUGAGAGAUAUUUGUUUAGAAUAUCCAGAUUUUGCAAAAAUUCCCGAAAUUUGCGUAAAAAUGAUUCGACGUGUUCAUGACGAAGAAGGCAUUCAAAAACUUGUUACGGAAGUUUUUAUGAAGAUGUGGUUUACACCGUGUAUUAAAAAUGAUAAAAUUGGAAUACAAAGGAAAAUAAAUCAUAUAAUUGACGUGGUAAAUACUGCACAUGAUACUGGAACCACUUGGUUAGAGGGCCUUCUAAUGAGUAUAUUUAAGCCAAGAGAUAAUAUGCUAAGGUCUGAAGGAUGCGUUCAAGAAGUUAUUAAGAGGAACACAGAGCCACCAAUGGAUAUUGUGAUAGCUUGUCAACAAUUAGCGGACGGACUAGUUGACAGACUAAUUGAAUUGGAAGAUACAGAUAACUCGCGAAUGCUGGGUUGUAUUACCACACUACAUUUACUGGCUAAAGUGCGGCCACAACUGCUGGUUAAGCAUGCUAUAACAAUUGAACCAUAUCUCAACAUAAAAUGUCAUUCUGCCACAGCUGCAAAGUUCAUAUGUGCAGUUGCAGAUAUUCUCGAAAAAGUAGUUCCUCUGGUUAAUAAUGCCAGUGAAUCCUUUUUAGCAUCGUUGGAAGAGCAUUUAAUGUUAUUGGUUGUUUCACGAAAUCAAGCCGAAGUUACUAGCUGUGUUUCUUGCUUGGGAGCACUUGUGAAUAAGAUUACACAUAACUUUAAAUUGAUCCGCGACUGUUUUCAAAAAUUUUAUCGGGUUCUUGAUGUGUCUCGAAGUCAAGUAAUACAAGGAAACAACAGCGUAGAUAAUAUUUACACUCCCAGCUUUCGGCGAAGUUUGUUUACGAUCGGAAUACUAAUGCGAUAUUUCGACUUUAAGUCUCCUAUUGCGUUAGGUGAAACAAAUGAUGGACUGCCUGUUUCUAUAUGUGAGGAUGUAUUCCAUUGCUUGAUGUUCUUCUGCCGUUGUACUAAUCAAGAAAUUCGAAAGCAAGCACUUAUUUCGCUUGGAUCAUUUUGUGUACUAAACGAUGGCUACCUUACUAGAUCCGAACUUAAAAAUUUGUAUUGCGAAAUUUUAAGUUCAAUAGCCAACGAUGCUGGCUUUAAAAUAAUCUGCAUGCGAAAUAUUUGGAUUUAUCUAACGGAAUCUGAAAUGUUUAUGCACAAUAAGGAAAAAGAAUGGGAAAAACAAUCAAAACACGAAGAUCUUAAGGAAAUGAACGACGUUUCGUCUGGCAUGGCAAGUCGAAUAAUUCAACUAUAUUUAGAAGAAAUUCUCGAAUGCUUUCUUAAUCGGGAUGACACAGUUCGGUUAUGGGCUGUCAAAGUAAUACAGAUUGUCCUCCGUCAAGGUUUGGUUCACCCUGUUAGAAUGGUUCCGUAUUUAAUUUGCCUAAGUACUGAUCAUAGGAUAGAGUCCGCUCAUCGAGCUGAUGCAUUGUUAAAAGAUAUUGAUAAAACAUACUCUGGAUUUGUUAAUAUGAAAGUGCAAUUCGGGCUACAACUUUGCUUUAAGCUACAAAAAAUUUUACAAAUAAACAACAGAGGGAAACUGGAAAUAAUUAGAGGUUAUGCGAGUCGUGGACCAGAUAAUACAACUACCGCUUUAAACGAUUUUCUGUAUACACUUCUUCGCACUACUAAACCGCAAAGGCGUGCUUUGGUGCAAACAGUUACUAAACAGUUUGACGAUCAGAAAACAUCAUUACAACAAAUGUUAUAUAUUGCUGAUAACCUGGCUUACUUUCCAUAUGUAGUUCAAGAUGAACCUUUAUAUCUAAUCCAUCAAAUAGAUCUUCUUAUUUCUAUGGCUGGGACACAUUUACUUGCUACAUUCAAGGAACAUAUAAAACCGAGCGACAAGGAAGGAGAUGUUUUAGAAGAUGAUGAUGACGUAGAAGAUCCAGAGGUGUUGUUUAACAGAUUGCCCGAAGAUAUGACAGAAAUUAUAAAAUGUAUAACAUCUGCUCAAGCAUGUAUGCUUCUUUUAAUACUGAAAGAUCAUCUGAAGGAAAUGUAUGCGAUUACUGACAGUAAAAUUUCAAGAUAUUCACCUUCUGAACAAAAAUUAUAUGAAAAAGCCGUAACACGUAAAAGUGUUAAUGAUUUUAAUCCAAAAACGACUAUUGAUGUUAUAAAGAAACAAAUGUCGCAAGAGAAAUUGAGUACGGACAUUAAUUUUACAUUUACUAAAGAGGAGAAAUUGGACCUUGUUGUUAAAUACCUUGAUUUUAAGCAACUGAUGCUAAAACUGGAUCCGGAUGAUGGAGACUCCGAUGCUGAUGAAUCUCGCGACAAAACAAUUUUAAAUAUCUCUGCUUCUUCUGAUGGGGUGACAUUCUCCAAUUCAGCAAAAAAUUCUCACCCCGCUUGUGAUGGAUACUCAUUAACCACCACGGAUGGUGUUGAUGUCCCAAUGUCUCAUAUUGCGAAGGCAUCUCUUUUGACUUCAAAACCUAGUGGUCGCAAAACAAAUCCUGUGCGAACUAAAAAAAAAAGAAGAAAAAUGGAUUCUACGGAUGAUGAAACCAGUGACGCUGAAUAUGCUUGAGCGAACCAUUAUAAUUUUGUGUAUUGAAUAACAUUUAAAAUUUUAUUUUUAGUACCUAAGCCGAAGUCGAAACUAAGCAACAAUAAAAUUACAUGUAUAUUACAACACAAAAACAUAUUAUCAUGCAAAUAAAAUAAGAUACAAAUGAAUUGUAUUAGUUGGUAAUAACUUGAUGAAUAAAAUAAUUUUUCCUAUUCUA